AUGACGUGCAGUACUCAGACGCGGGGCCAUGCCGGCCAUUCCCACCAUCACCACCAUGAUAACACUUUUCUGCUAUCCAAGAAUAAAAACGAUGCCGGCGUGCGCAUUACCAGAAUUGGCCUGUAUGUCAACUUGGGCAUGGCCAUUAGUAAGGGCUUCGGGGGUUAUGUUUUCAAUAGUCAGGCACUUGUUGCCGAUGCCAUUCACAGUCUUACCGACCUUGUCAGCGACAUCAUGACGCUCGCGACCGUAGGUUGGUCUAUGAAGCCGCCUACCGAUCGAUUUCCCAGCGGUUAUGGAAAGGUUGAGAGCCUGGGCUCGCUGGGUGUCAGUGGCAUCCUGCUGGGCGGCGGCUUUCUCAUGGGCUGGACAGCUCUAAUAGCACUCGCCCAGCAAUUCUUCCCCGACGCCGCCGAGAUAGCUGAACACUGGGGAAUUCUACCGCAUCAUCAUCACCAUGGCAUUGAGAAUCUAGGCCCUAAUAUCAAUGCCAUAUGGCUCGCUGCUGGCUCCAUCGUCAUCAAGGAGUGGCUGUAUCGUGCGACACUCAAGAUUGCAACAGAACGCAAGUCGACUGUCCUCGCCUCAAACGCCUACCACCACCGCGUAGACUCGCUCACCGCCUUCGUCGCUCUCCUCCUUAUUGGCGGCUCCAACGUACUGAACAAUGCACAAUGGCUAGAUCCUGUCGGAGGUCUGGUUAUCUCUCUCAUGGUUGUUCAAGCUGGCUGGGGCAACACCAAACAAGCAUUGCUAGAACUGGCUGAUGUUGGCGUCGACCAGGAAAUGAAGGACAACGUGCGGAAAGCGGCGACCAAGGCGUUGGAAGAAAUUACCACAUUGGCGGAGCCGGUGAAUGUCCGCGCUAUUCAGGGUGUCAAGGCGGGCCAGAACUACCUGAUGGAUGUGGAGCUUGGUGUGCAGGGUACAUGGACUAUCGAUCAGACACGCAACGUGGAGAAUCUAGUUCGAGAACGCAUUGGCGCCAACGUACGCGGUGUGAAGAAGGUUCGCGUACGGUUCGUCACAAACUCAGCCGAGGAGCCAGAUUUCUUAGAUGAGUUCAUCCCAGGCGAUCCUACAUUAACGUCAAACUCAACAUCAGAGGCCGAGCAUAGCCACGACCACGAUCACGAUCACAAGCACGAAGACAUGAAUGGGAGUGCAAGGCGUAGAAAGUGA